AAAAACACAAACACAAGAUCACAAAGCCUUCAUCUUUCAAGAAACCACCAUGAAAACCUCGAUGGUAACCUUGUUACUUGCCAUGGCCGCAACUUGUGCGGUCUGUACUGAAAAACAUGCCGUGUUGGACAGCGAUGGCGAACCACUUCGUCCAGGUGCCGAAUACUUCAUCGUUCCGGCAUCUGGUGGGAAUGCCGGCGGGCUUGUCCCCGCCAGCCGUGACUUGCUUCACGUCUGUACACUCGACAUCGUUCAAGCCCUUCUCCCAUCUCAACCAGGCCUACCCGUCAGCUUUAUCCUUUCCGAAGAGACCGUACGAUUAUCCAAGGACCUAAGCAUUCAGUUCAAAUCAUCGAUCUGGGUCUGCCCUUCAUCCAAGGUCUGGAAAGUCGAUUACUCAACUUCCGAGGAUGUUUAUAACCACCGGCGGUAAAGUCGGAAGUCAAGACAGCCUCUUUAGGAUCGAGAGGCACGAAAGCGGCAACGAUUACAAGCUCGUUCACAUGGACAGACGCUCAUCUACGAGCCUCAACGUCGGCACGUUCGAGGGCGACUUUGAUAUUCCACGCCUAGCUCUGAGAGAUGAGGCUCUGCCUGUUAAGUUCCGGCGGGUUAACCGUAAGGCGAAUCGCUUUGAGAAAGCCAGGCUCAGGAUGUUUCCGUACUACUAAUCGGUCCUACGUACGUACGAGGGCAUGCGAUGCAUGGAUGUACUUAUGGAACCUAUGAUAUGAUGUAAUAUUGUGAUAUAUAUAAAUGGUG